UAUAACUCACAUACAGUCCACAGUUCGAAGGGGAAGCCCUGCGUUUCACUACUAAUGAUGUGCACUAUGUAGGAAGCGAGGUUCAAUUUGGUAUUUAUCCGGACAAACCGGUUGGAACAGAAACCAUGAGUUUAGCGCUUUUAAUUCAGUUUAUUUAAUAUAUUACCAGCAACUCUGAGCUGCAGAAGAGUCUCAGUCAUGUCUAAACCCAAGCUAGUUGUGUUUGACCUCGAUUACACUCUCUGGCCGUUUUGGGUGGACACGCAUGUUGACCCUCCUUUCCACAAAGACAAGAAUGGAAGAGUUCUAGAUUCAAGGAGUGAUCACGUAACUCUCUAUAAAGACACAAUAGACAUCCUGCGUUCUCUGAAAAAUGAGGGCAUCCAGAUUGGGGUGGCAUCACGCACCGGGGAAGUGAACGGAGCCAAUCAGCUGCUUUCCCUCUACAGCCUGGACCAGUACAUUUCCUUCAAACAGAUUUACCCCGGGUCAAAAGUCACCCACUUCAAAAGGUUGCAGGCAGACAGUGGAGUUUCCUACACAGACAUGAUGUUCUUUGAUGAUGAGCAGAGGAACAUCACAGACGUCAGCAGACUGGGAGUGCACUGUUUGCUGGUUCCUAACGGAGUGACGUCCAAAUUAGUCAGUGAGGAGCUUCAGCAGUUCCAGAAGAAGCACUGAGUUCUCGCUCUGCCUGCAGGGGGCAGUGCAGAGGCACAGCAAGUGCUCACUGUUCAGUGUGAGGCUGUGGACGGGUCAAUUAUUUAUUUUAGUGCUCAUUAAACUACAUAAGAAAACAUGAGCAGGCUCUACAUUAAAACAUAACAGCAUUUAAGAAUUGCUCUAAAUAGAAUGAUGACAUAGAAUGAUGUUUUUCCUGGUGUUUUAGUGAACAAAAACAUAUUUAAGGGAAAAUUCUCUUCUUACUUCUACUCAUAUUUAUGUGGUUUUAUUUUCUGUAUUUAUUCACCAAACAACAGAUGUGUAAUGUUUUAAUAUGUGAACAGGUAUUAAUUCAGCAAACAAUACCAAACAAUAAAUGACUUAUAAAAGGAUUACAGUGAUUUAUAGUAAAUCUGAAAGAGUUGAUUGAAGCAAUAAAAUGUGAGAUUGAUAUUUGUAUGCUCUGUGCACAUUUGUCUGCAUUUAAAGCAAAUUAAUAAACAUUCUGUAUAUAUUUUACCUUA